UUUUUUACAUUUGCUCAUUGUAUUUUAUUCAUGUUAAGUCUUUUUUAAAUGAAUUACAUUUUUUUUAAAAAUAUAAUGAAUUAUUUUUAAUUAUUAUAGCUAUUAUUUAAGUAUUUCAUCAUUUAUUCAAUGUGUUUUUCUAAAAAAAAAAAUGGUUAUGAACGGAAUAUACAAAUUUUAAAAUUUAUGUAAAUUUUCAUAAUUUCAGUAAUUAGCCAUAAACACCUAUGUUACCUAGACCCCUAUGUUAAUGUAGGACUACGUUAAUAUAUUUUGCGAGACUAUGGUAUACAAAACAAAUUGGAUUAAAUUUAUUAUGAUUUUAAAAUGUUUUAACUGUAUACCUAGUUUGGUUAUUGUAACUUCCAUCUAGUUAUUAUGAUUUUAUUUAUUUAUAAGUAAAAAUAAAUACAUAAUAAACUAUUAAUAAUUAAAUUCAAUUAAAUCCAAAUUUAUGUAAUAGGUGGUCAUGUUGUAGUUUGAAAAUUAGUUUUGCAGUGAAACUAAUGAAAGCACAGAUUAAAAACAAGUACUCUUAUUUAACUUAUGGUUAAAGGGUUAAUUUUCAUUAAUAUUUCACAUUAUGUAUAAAUGUAUAAUAUAGAUAUCGAUUUUAUAUGAAAAUCAGAAAACAUGAAGGUUUCAAAUAUCCUACGAUGUGGUGUAGUAUUUUUAAAUUAAUUAGUAAUAUUUUUAUAAACUAUAAAGAAGAAUAAUACAUUUUAACUAUAUAAAUACCAACUAAACCAAGUCGAUCAACAUUUCUUUCUAAAAAAAUUGUAUAUUCUAGCCAUAUCUAGUAAAUCUGAAUGAGUACACUGAAAUUUGACCAACGAUAAUGACUAGCCAAAAUGAGGUCAUUGUUCGUUGCCGACGCUUCCACUCCAGUUUUUGAUAAAGACAGAUCCAAAAAACAUGUGGAAAAAUGAAAAUCCGUAACUUACAGCAGAUGGACAUGGUUGUCAUGGAUACACAAGUUUAGUUACCUAUCUGAACAGAUAGGUAAAUAAAUUAAAAAACAAUAUUACCUAGGGAACGAAAAUUGUUUGUUUUUUUAUUUGCUCAUACCUUGAGUAAUCAUUAAUCAGAAAUUAUAAAAUACAAAUUAAACAUGAUUUGCACAAUGAAUGUUAAGAAAAAUAAUAAUUAUUUAACAUCUUACAGUGCGGCUCAUAAAUUGAUACCUAACGUACCGUUCGAGAGCAAUGUAUCAUCACUGGACCCAGGAAUUGAAUCGAAACCCAAUAUUCCAGAGUUAAAACAAUGGAAUUAUGACACGUCAACAAAUGUUCAUCAUGGUUUUAAAAUUAACGCAAUGGACCCUAUUCAGAAAUCUACGAAAUUAAAUGUUAACCAAACACUGUACAUGAUGCCUCAGUUCGAAAAAUAUUUGUCAAAUCCUCCAAAACUGAUGUACAUACCACCAACUGAAUACAAUGAUAAUUAUCUACAACCAAAAUUGAUGUCAAAUAUCGAACAAUUACCUGCAACAAUGAUUUGUGGUCAAACAACACCGGUUGCUCAAAAACUUCUUGACACAAUGGAAACGCUAAAAGUUAGUGAUGCAGGAGCAAUUAGAAAAGUAGACCCAUAUGUUAGCACUCAGAAAUUAGAUUACAUUGAAAUAAAUCCAGAUACAGCAAAACAAUUAAAUUCUAAACAUUCAAAAUUAAAACACAUUAAACCAGCAUACGAGCCAUUUUAUGAUGAACCAAUAUUCAAUCGACAUAAUACUAUACGUUUACUGCCAAACACUUUAAAACAUGUUCCACACAAUGCUCUCAUAUCUGAGAUGAGAGCAUCAUAUAAAAUACCAUUUCAUACAUCAACAUUAGUGAAUACUGUUGAAAUGCCAAUAUCCAUUUCAAGGAAUUUAACUUUGUCUCAAUUAUUGUCUGUACCUGGGAUGUAUACAAGUGAAUACUCAAAAAUUGGUGGACAUUAA